CGGCCGGCGCGGGAAGAUGGCGGCAGCGGCGGCGGCGGCCGCGGCCGAGCAGCAAAGUUCCAAUGGUCCUGUAAAGAAGUCCAUGCGUGAGAAGGCGGUUGAGAGAAGGAACGUCAACAAAGAGCACAAUAGUAACUUUAAAGCCGGAUAUAUUCCAAUCGAUGAAGAUCGCCUGCAUAAGACGGGGCUGAGAGGGAGAAAGGGCAAUUUAGCCAUCUGUGUGAUUAUCCUCCUGUUUAUCCUGGCUGUCAUCAAUUUAAUCAUAACACUUGUUAUCUGGGCUGUGAUUCGCAUUGGACCAAAUGGCUGUGACAGCAUGGAAUUUCAUGAAAGUGGUCUGCUUCGAUUCAAGCAAGUAUCUGACAUGGGAGUUAUACAUCCUCUUUAUAAAAGCACAGUGGGAGGAAGGCGAAAUGAAAAUUUAGUCAUCACUGGCAACAAUCAGCCUAUUGUUUUCCAGCAAGGGACAACAAAGCUCAGUGUAGAAAAGAACAAAACUUCUAUUACAAGCGACAUUGGUAUGCAGUUUUUUGACCCAAGGACUCAGAAUAUCUUAUUCAGCACGGACUAUGAGACUCAUGAGUUUCAUUUGCCAAGUGGAGUGAAAAGUUUGAAUGUUCAAAAAGCAUCUACCGAAAGGAUUACCAGCAAUGCUACUAGUGACUUAAAUAUAAAAGUUGAUGGACGUGCUAUUGUGCGUGGAAAUGAAGGAGUAUUCAUUAUGGGCAAAACCAUUGAAUUUCACAUGGGUGGUAAUAUGGAGUUAAAGGCUGAAAACAGCAUCAUCCUAAACGGAACUGUGACAGUCAGCACCACUCGCCUGCCCAGUUCCUCCAGCGGAGACCAGUUCGGCAGUGGUGACUGGGUGCGCUACAAGCUCUGCAUGUGCGCUGACGGGACCCUCUUCAAAGUACAGGUGACGGGCCAGAACAUGGGCUGCCAAACCUCAGACAACCCCUGUGGAGACACUCGUUAGAAGCAGCCGAGAGGUGGCCAACGUGUUCCUGACGUGACUUGACAGUUUUUACGAGUAGGCAUGCAAAUCGUGUUUUUAUAGAGUUAUGAUAACUCAUAACUCUUUUAUCUGCAGAGCAGUACUGUUAGCUAUCAUGUAAGCCCCACGUUUAAAAAUAUCCUCAGAGAGCCUAAAUUCUUACACAUUUCAUCAAGUUGCACUGAUCUUCAAUUUACAGUCCUCUGAAAUAAUUUGAGAGAAGUGAAGGCAAUCAAAAUCUUUGAAGAAGUGGGGUUUUUUGGUUUUGUUUUUGUUUUAUUUUUAGGGCUGCACUAGCGACAAAUAGAGGUUCCCAGGCUAGG